AUGAAUAACAAUAACGAAAGCUAUCCUCCACCAACCCAAGCUGCUCGAGCUAUUGUUCAUUUUGCAACAUUGCCUGACGAUGGUCCAUCUGGAGCAUUCUUUGAUUCAGAAAAAAAUCAAAUGCCAUGAGAUGGUUUCAACAGCAAUUCAUUGGUUGGCAUUCAUUUUAUUCAGGCAAUUCUAAGGAUUGCUCAAUAUGAUCGAUAUUCAUUAAAUAGUGUAUGA